AUGGAAAAUGACGACCACUACAUAUGGGAAUGCGAAGGUUUGGAUUGUCUUAUCAGGGACUCAAUCAUAGACCAUGUAAAUGGGGGCAAUAAAGGGUGGAAAGCUGGUAGUUAUUCCUUUCUGCAGGAGAAAACAUUGACAUUUGGAAUCAACCACAAGUUGGGGACGUUUUUGCCUGGCAGUGAUGUAAUACCCACGAGGCAAAGCCAAGUGGGGGAAGAAGAGACUUUCCCAAGGGAAUACGACUUACGAAAGGAAUCAAAAGGAUACGUGUCUGCAAUCCGUGACCAGGGGAAUUGUGCGUCAUCCUGGGCAUUUAGUACAACUGCUGUUACCUCAGAUCGGCUAGCAAUGGAAUCGUCUGGUGCAGUCAAGGUAGAUUUCUCCCCACAACAACUUAUCUCUUGCAUUGGGGACAAGAAAACUGUAUGUGCAGGGGGGCACUUGGAUAGAGCAUGGGAGUACAUGAGAGUACAAGGAGUUGUUGAUGAGAAAUGCUACCCCUACGCAAGUAGUCUUGGCAGCUCCAUGGAAAACUGUCAAAUAGAAAGAUCAUCAUCAAGAUCAAAGAAUGGUGUAUGCCCCAAGAAAGAACAAAUACCGAGGAAUAUAAUCUAUCAAAUGGAGAAACCCUACACGAUCCCUAGCGACGAAAGGGAGAUAAUGAAGGAGAUCAUCACCAAUGGUCCUGUCCAAGCCACCUUUGCUGUGCACGAAGACUUCUUUAUGUACAAAAGCGGUAUAUAUAGCCAUUCUGCUGCAGCAGAUGAUAUCGGGUUAAGUGGCUAUCACUCUGUAAGAAUAGUGGGAUGGGCCUCUGAAUGCAGUUCUCAAGGGGAGACGAAAUAUUGGAUUGUUGCCAACUCCUGGGGAAAACAAUGGGGAGAACAGGGAUAUUUCCGAAUCCAGAAAGGCGUGAACGAAUGUGAAAUUGAGUCAUACGUGGUUGGUGUUACAGCCAGGCCAAGUGUUGUCAAGAGGAAGCUCCAAUCUGGUGCUAUAUUAGAUCUAACCGUGACCAGCCUAGGGAAUAUAGUUGCAACAGGCGGAUGGAAGUCUACAACAAAGAUCUACAACGGCAGCACACUCCAGCUGAUCAAAGAUCUCAACAAAGGGUUCUAUUGUGUAACAAAAACCAACGAUGGCCAACUGGCAUUUACAACCCUCAGCAGCAAGAUCCACGUGUAUAGUGAGGAUGGGUCACCCAUUCGUACCAUCACCUGCAGAGGUGCAUCUGUAACUGAGGUAUUUGGUAUAGCCUCGCUGUUAGCAGGUGAGUUUGUAGUGACUGAUUACAUAAACAGGGGAGUCUAUCUGGUGGAUUCCUACAAUGGGAUCACCACACCCACACGGAUCUCCCCAUCUGGUAUGUUCAGAGACCCUCACUAUGUGGCAGUUAACAUUAACAAUAACAUCAAAGUAAGUGACAAUAGUGGGGAUUCCAUCAAAGUGAUCAACAAACACGGCCAUGAAAUCCUCCAUUAUGGAGAGAGAGGCUCAGGAGAGGGACAGCUGUAUCAUCCCGCUGAUGUCUGCACAGAUAGCAAUGGAUUCAUUAUUGUAGCAGACACUUACAACCACAGGAUUCAACUCCUCACACCCAACGCAACAUUUCAUAGUCUGCUCCUAACAUUUGCAGAUGGUACUAGGUCCAGCUCCCUGAAAGUGGAUAGAGUAAUUGACAUCAACAUCGACAAGGACAAUUACCUCAACAAUAAACAAGACAACAACGAUUACAACAACACUAAUAAUUUACAAAGAUCAUGCCAAAGAAUCAAAGAGUUAAACCAAAAGUGA